UAUCGCGCCAGUUUGGCUUCAUGGACGAGCGAGCUAUGGUCGGCAUGCUUGCCGACAUGGUGGCGUAUUCAAUCUCCGAAGAUGACAUCCAGCUUGUGCUGGUCGAGUGCGACGGUGACAUGACCAAAGCGCUGGAUGAGCUGCUCACUCUCAAGACGACACGGGAACUUGACGAUGCAGAAAGCAUGCCAGACACCCAACUCGACGGUCAGAUGCAGUGGGAACUCUUCACAGCAGAGCUUGCCUCGUACGGCCUGGACGCUCACUCGUGCCACGAGCUUAUCCAAGUGCUCAAGGAACAACGCGGGACGGGGAAGCUAUUGUCGUCUGCGAUCGUCCAGGAGUACGUCGGAUUCCUCCUGCGUCUAUUCAAUCGUCCUUACUUCCGAUGCGCACCAUAAUGAUGCAGGCUGUUGGACUCCAUGGACACGAUUGAUGAGCAUCCGCUGCAAGACCUGACGAGCAGAUUCCCCACGAUACCAGUGGCCAUCGUGCAUGAAGUGUACGAGCACCACGAGUACGACGUCCAAGCGACGGCCAAGGCUUUGAUCGAGACAAAGGCGCUGCUCAACGCUUCAGGGACGUUUGAAACGUUCAGCUACGCGUCCAUUGCAACGCCCAGUGCGUCGAACAACGGCGCGCCGCCGCCACCACCGCCGCCAGUCAACUGCAAGCAUGCGUUUCCAACGCUCACAAAGUUUCAACUCGGCCCAGCAAACGAGGACACGUCCACGGUAUGGCACAAGGCGUUGCAUGGCCUUCCGACUGGACACCGAGGCACCCUCACGACGCGCAUGAAGCUGGAGUUCCUUCAAACAUCGUUCCCGUCCAUUGACUCUGACAUUCUUUGCCUAGCUCUACUUGUGGGCAAUUCGUCCGUGGUGGCCGCGGAGGCCAUGCUCGAGUCGUCGUUUCCAUCGGCCUGUCAAGCGCGUCCCGACCAAGUCGCGGAGGUCGAACGCACCGAGUCGCAUGCCCUCGAAGAUGUGUCGAACUCGUGGACAAGUGAGACGCAGCACGGGUUUGCCUACUACCAGCAGCUCACGACCGACUUACAAGAGCAGAUCCAAGUAGUACAUGCCGAAGCGCUUCGUAAAUUUGCAGGCAAACACCAGCACUUCUUGGGCCGAGAGCGCACACAUCGCCUGACGCAGAUGCGCCACAAGCUGCAGGAAGCACGGGAGCAUGCUGCGUAUGCGUUUUUCAGCGAACAUCAAGCCAGCCUCGUGGCAGGCGCGUGCGUCGAUUUACAUGGGCUGUACGUCCAAGAAGCGUACCAAGUGCUCGAGUACUGCGUGUCAUUCUGCCGCGACCGCCGCAUCUCCAAGUUUGAAGUCAUCACGGGCGUGGGCAACCACUCCAAAGCGUCCAGAGGUGGCCGCAUGUACACGACAUUCCCCGCGGCCUUGCGUCGACGGGGUAUUUCGUUCGAGCAACAUGGCGGCAAGCUGACUGUGUACCCGUGUCAAGUUCAAUCCUAAAAGCCAUGUUCCAGUACUUUGAUUAUGACGACCUAGCUUGGUUGCAAGUGGGGUUUGCCCGGCUACUAACUUACUGUAUGCUACUUCAUACUUACUGG